AUGGAACGUGAUCAGCAGCUGGUACUGUUUCUGGUGUUUGAGCAUGUGGAACAAGACCUGGACUCGUUCCUGAAGAGAUCUCCUGGACCUUUAUCGGAAAACAGAAUCAGAAGCAUGUCCUACGACAUCCUAUCGGGCAUAGACUUUCUACACUCGCAUCGCAUAGUCCAUCGCGACCUGAAACCCCACAAUCUUCUCGUGACACGCGCUGGUCGCGUGAAGCUAGCGGAUUUUGGGCUAGCGAAGACUUACGACGCGGACAUGAAGCUUACGAGCGUGGUAGUUACUCUAUGGUACCGUCCACCAGAGGUCUUGCUAGGCGUGUCCUACAAUACAGCAGUAGACGUUUGGUCUUGCGGCUGCGUACUGGCAGAACUGCAUACUAGAGCGCCUCUCAUGCCAGGCACAUCUGACUCUGAGCAACUUCACUGCAUAUUUAGACUCCUCGGUCGCCCAUCAAGGUUCGACUGGCCGGAUAAUGUAUCCAUAUUGCCGGAUAGCUUUCCGGAUUAUCCGCCAAAGGAUUUAGCCGACGUCAUACCUAGCAUACAUCCCAACGCGUUAGACUUAAUAAGGAGAAUGCUUGUAUUCGAUCCGGCUAGGAGACUAACCGCCUUGGAUUGUCUAGAACACCCAUACUUCACUGACGAACCGCUCACGUAG